AUGCCCUUGAAACCUACUAGGGGUGUGUGGCGCUCAUGGCUGGAGUGUGAGGAGGAAGAGGAGGGCAGGCUUCAUGCUCUUUCUCUUCUGAGAUUGAGCUUCUCAAGCACUGUGUUUUUGUCGGCUGGACUGAGCGUGGAUCAGGUUGAAUCUGACAGGGUGUGGGGUCUGGAGCAAACCUCGUCACCUCCCCCCGCCCUGCUCUCCCAGUGGAUGGGGGCGUCACCUUUCCCCACCCCCUUCCUCGCCCCAAAGGAGCGGGGUGAACCUCGUCAAACCUCGUCACCCCCCCCGCCCCCCUCUCCCCCAACUCCCCAACCUCGUCACCUCCCCCCGCCACCCUCUCCCCAACCUCGUCACCUCCCCCUGUCCGUCCGUCCCUUCCUCUCCCCAAACCAAACGUCGUCACCCCCCCGCCCUCUCUCCCGCAAACCGGCUCGUCAGAGGGAACCUCCUGCAAAGGCAGUGGACCCCGGGGAGCGUCACCUCCCACUUUCCGCCCUCCCCGAUCCUCUCCCCAAACCUCGGCAGCCAACCCCGCUCGCCCGUCCUCUCCCCAAACCCUUCACCCAACCUCGUCCCCUCCCCCCCUCUCCCCUCGCUCUCCCCAAACCCUCGUCCCUCUGGGAACCCCCUCGCCCCGUCCUGGGAGAGGGGUUUGGAGCAGUGGAGGGGGGCGGGAGAGGGGUUUGGAGCAGUGGAGAGGGGUUUGGAGCAGUGGAGGGGGGCGGGGAGGUUUGGAAACCUCAUCCCAAACCCGUCGUCCCUCCCCAAACCUCGUCACCUCCCCCCUCCCCCCUCUCCCCAAACCUCGUCACCUCCCCCCCCCAGUCCCCCUCUCCCCAACCUCGUCACCUCCCCCGCGGGCCCUCUCGCCCAGUGGGCGGGACCCCUUCGCCCCCCUCCCCCAAACCCCUUCAGGUCCUCUCCCCAAACCUCGUCACCUCCCCCCCGGCCCUCUCCCCAAACCUCGGCACCUCCCCCCCUCGCCCGCCGGGGUCCUCCCCCAACCUCGUCACCUCUCCCUUCCUCGCCCCGUCCUCUCUCCCCAAACCUCGUCACCUCCCCCCGCCCCCUCUCCCCAAACCCUUCACCUCCCCCCUCGCCCCGUCCUGGUCCCCCAAACCUCGUCACCUCCCCCCCCCUACUCUCCCCAAACCUCGUCACCUCCCCCAAAACCUCGUCACCUCCCCCCCCCCCUCUCCCCAAACCUCGUUCAACCUCCCCAAACCUCGUCCCGUCACUCUCCCCAAAACCUCCGUCACCCUCCCCCCGCCCUCCGGACCCCCCAACCCUUCCCCAAACCCUCGUCCCUCCGCCCCUCCCUCUCCCCAAAACCUCGUUCACCUCUCCAGUUCCUCGCCCCCCUCCUCUCCCCACAAGUCGUCACCUCCCUCGCCCCUCCUCUCCCCAAAACCUCGUCACCUCCCUCCGCCCCCUUCCUCCCCAAACCUCUGUCCCCGUCCUCUCCCUCUCCCUUGUUGGAGCGGGGCAGGAGAGGGGUUUGGAGCAGUGGAGGGGGGCGGGAGAGGGGUUUGGAGCAGUGGAGGGGGGCGGGAGAGGGGUUUGGAGCAGUGGAGGGGGGCGGGAGAGGGGUUUGGAGCAGUGGAGGGGUCGCACCUCCCGUCCCGCCCUCUCUCGUGGAACCUGGUCGUGGAGGCUCCCUUAGGGAAGGAGGACGUCGUCUCCUCCCCCUUCCUCCCCCCGCCCUCUCCCCAAACCUCGUCACCUCCCCCUUCCCGGGCCCUCCCUUUCCCCAAACCUCGUCACCUCCCCCCGCCCUUUCCCCAACCUCGAAACCACUCCCCCCGCCCUCUCCCCCAAACCUCGUCAUUGAGCCCCCGGCCCUCUCCCCAAACCCCUAGUGGAGGGGGGCGGGAGAGGGGUUUGGAGCAGUGGAGGGGGGCGGGAGAGGGGUUUGGAGCAGUGGAGGGUUUGGAGGCAGCGUCCGCGAGAGUGGGUUUUGACCCCGCCUCCGGCCUCCCCCAAACCUCGAGACCUCUUGGAGCACCUCCCGUCGCCCUCUCCUCUCGUUCAACCCUCGUCACCUCGGGAAGGUCCCGCCCGCUCCUCUCCCCAAACCUCGUCACCUCCCCCCGCCCGCCCCGGAGAGGGGUCUUGGAUAACCUCGGCACCUCCCCGGGAGCCCUCUCCCCAAACCUCGUCACCUUUGGAGCUCCUCCCAGCAAACCUCAGUACCUCCCCCGCCCUCCUCUCCUCAAACCUCGGUUUGGAGCACCUCCCCCGGGCCCCUGUAGCCCUCUCCCCUCUCCCAAACCUCGUCACCUCUCCCUUUCUUCGUGGAGGGUCCUCUCCCCAAACCUGGUUUGGAGCAGCUCCCCCCCCUUCUCCCCAAACCUCGAGCACCUGUAG